AUGACCACCACCUUCAAACCCCCAAACUAUGACGACGACAUCGAUUUUGCCGCCCUCGCUCUCCAGGAUGCCGAAUUCGCGAAAGUGCUCGACCCAAAGGGCCAUAUAGAUUUUCACAAUCCACAAGCCGUGAAACAGUUGACGAAAAGCCUCCUGAAACGUGAUUUCGACCUGAGGGUUGAGCUGCCGGAUAAUCGGCUUUGUCCACCUAUCAACCAACACUCCCCUUCUAGCUACAACUACGUCCGUUGGAUCCAAGACCUCCUCGACACAACCAGCGAGACGUAUUCCGACCAACAUGACCCUAAGCGUCAAGUCAUCGGCCUCGACAUCGGCACCGGCGCCUCCGCGAUCUACAUCCUCCUCCUUCUGCAGACCCGGCCCACCUACCGCACAUGCGCCACCGACAUCGACGCCAUCUCCCUAGCUUCCGCAAGGGUGAACAUCGAAGCGAACAACCUCGCCCCCCGGUGCCGCCUGCUCCAUACUCAAGCUUCGGACCCGUUGGUCCCGCUUGACGCGCUCAAGGUCGAGCGCCUCGACUUCACGAUCUGCAACCCGCCCUUCUACGCCAGCGAGCAGGAGAUGCGAGACGCAUUCCACGGAACGGGGAAGCGCGCGAAGCCGUCAGCCGUCUGCACAGGCGCGGAAGUCGAGAUGAUAUACGCACCUCCUACCGCACCCUCCUCUUCCUCACCAUCAACGUCCCAGAACAUCGGCGGCGACGCCGGUUUCGUACUCCGCAUGAUCGAGGAGAGCAGGAUGCUGCAGGAAAAAGUGCAGUGGUACAGCAGCAUGCUGGGCAAGCUGUCCUCUGUGAACGUGGUCGUGAAGAGGCUCAAGGAGGUCGGAGUCGGGAACUGGGCCGUUGCGUGCCUCAGGGCGGGGCAGAAGACGCGGCGGUGGGCUGUUGCGUGGAGUUGGGGGGACAUGAGGCCGAGGAAUGAUGUCGCGAGGAGGGAUAUGAGCAUCAAGGACGUGCUGCCAUUCCCGACGGAAUAUGUCAUUGCGGUCGAAGGGGAUGGGAAGGCUGUGGCGGUGACUAUUAACGAAGCGCUCAACGCGUUGGAUCUGCGCUGGAUGUGGAGAGAGAACCUCAUGGCUGGUGUAGGGCUGGCGAGGGAGAACGUGUGGUCGCGCUCUGCCCGGCGCAAGAAGAAGAGACUGGAAGUGGCCGAUGAGAAGACCGAAGAGGACAUGGACAUGGAGAGCGACGUGGAUGAGGAAGUGGCGCUUGGCUUCAAGAUCAGCGUGCAAAAGGAUGCGGUGGUUGUCCGGUGGCUUCGGGGCAGGGACAGCGUGCUGUUCGAGAGCUUCUGCGGUAUGGUGAAGCGGACUUUGAGCGGAAAGACGUAG